GAAGUUUUGAUAGAGGAGUUCCUCUUUUAUUUCCACACGGCUAAUAAUAACAAAGAGAUCUCGGCCUGGCUUACAGCAGAAAGAAGCAAGCAAGAAGAAGGUAGAUCGAUAAUCUGAGAAAUCUGAACAUCGUCUAGUAGUAUAACCAAACAGCCAACACGAGCUUCUAAAUCUUCUCUUCAAACUAACCCAAAGAAAAAAUCCAACAGAAAAUACAAACUCUCAUGUCUUAAAUAAUCUAUUAAUUAUUCUAAAACCACAUUUCAUUUUGGUUUUAGGGUAGAAGAGUAAAGCAGAAUUUUUUUUUUUUUUUUCCUUUUUUUUCAUCUUCACUUUUUCUUGCUUGGUGGUGUUGGUGGUUGCUGCACAAGAUUCAAUGGUAUUCUGAGGAAUGUCAAGAUACAUCUGAACACCUUCAAACCAGGACUGUUUCCUCUCUUAAAAAGAUCUAAGUGUAAGCUGUUUGGAUAUCCAGAUAUAUUUUAGGCUGAGUUAUGGAUGUUACUUCCCCAAUUCAGGAAGAUUGUCUCAUAGCAAAGUGUCCGGGCUCUAAGCAAGAAGCUGGGGAUCAAACACAUGAAUUCAGCUUUGGGAAUGGACAAACGAAAGCUGUGGACACUUCUUCUUCGACAAAGGAAAAUAGUCUCAGAAUGGAAAACUCAAGCUCACUCAAUAGUUUAGAACAGAAACAUGAUUGUGGCCCUGAAGAUGUACACCACGACACAAAUUCUUCUCAGACAAAAGAAAAUGACAUCAAAAUUACAAGCACAAUUCUUGAGCAGAGCAUUCUGAAUAAAAAAAUUGAAUCUAGAGCGGGAGAGGAACAAACUGCAGCUAUUGAGUUCACUUUUACUAAGCAGAGUUCAAGCCUUGAACAGAUUGUUCUGGAUAAGAAAGAAAAAUCUACCAUUGAAGAUUCACAGGUUACUGUCAUUGAUGUCACUAUUCCUCCAAUUAAGAGUUCAAGCCCUCAGCAGAACAUUCUGGAACAAAAGCAGGAAUCUGAUUUUCAAGUUGCGCAAAGUGAAGUGAUAGAUGUAGCUUGUCCGACUCAGGAAAAUAGUCCUACAAUUAACACCAAAGAAAAUGUCACUGGAGAUGUACAAUGUGAUACAAAUUCUUCUCAGACCAAAGAAAAUGGUUUUGUAACAACAAACUCAAGUCUUGAGCAGAGCAUUCUGGAUCAAAAAGAUGAAACUGGUGUGGGAAAUGAACAAACUGCAGCUAUUGAUUUAACUUUGCCAGCGCGGGAAAAUGGUACUCUGCAAUGUUUAAGUAUUAAACUGAGCAUUUUGGAUCAAAAGCUUGAAUCUACCGCUGAAGAUGUAAAGAUUAUGAGUGAUGUCACUUUACCAACUCAAGAAAAUAGUUCUCCUGUAAAGAGUUCAGGCCAUGAACAGAACAUUCUGGAACAAAAACAGGAAUCUGGUUUUGAAGCGGUGCAACAUGAAGCGAUCGACAUAGCUUCUCCAAUUCUGGAAGAUAGUCUUAGAAUUAAGAAUCCAAGUCCUAAACAGAACUUGGUGGAACAAAAACUAGAACCCGACAAUGGAGAUGGACAAAGUGAAACUCCGGCCUCCAAAUUUGCAGGACAUGGUAUUGGUGACAAUGAACUCUUGGAGACUCCUAAUUUGAGCAAGAAUGUUGAAGUGUCUGAGCCUAAGAAACACAGGGGUUCCCCAAACUCGAAAAAGAAAAAACAUGCAGUAAGAUCUGCUCUUAGGAGUCCUAGAGUUCUUCGGUCUAGGUUACGUGACACAUCUAAGGCACCUGAUCCAGUUGGUGUCUCUGAAAAUAUCAAUACUGAAGUAGCUAAAACAAGAAAAAAGAGGAAAAGAACAAAUAAAACGUUGGAUAACGUAUUUGAGAAAACUAAGAAGCGUGUAAGAUACUUGCUGAAUAAAACAAACUAUGAGCAUAGCCUGAUCGAAGCUUAUUCUGGUGAUGGCUGGAAAGGAUUAAGCGCUGAAAAAGUAAGACCAGAGAAAGAGCUUCAACGUGCCACUGCUGAAAUUCUACGAUGUAAACUGAAAAUCCGUGAUAUGUUUCAACAUAUUGAAUCUUUAUGUGAUGAAGGAAAAUUUCAAGAAUCGCUGUUUGACUCUGAUGGAGAGAUUGACAGUGAGGAUAUCUUUUGUGCUAAAUGCGGGUCAAAGGAGUUGUCUACUGAUAAUGACAUUAUACUCUGUGAUGGAUUUUGCACCCGUGGUUUUCAUCAGAAGUGUUUGGAUUCCCCCUUGUUGAAUGAAGAAAUUCCUCCUGGAGAUGAGGGUUGGCUCUGCCCAGCAUGUGAUUGUAAAGCGGAUUGUAUCGAUUUGCUUAAUGACAACCUAGGAACCGAUCUAUCGAUUGAGGAUAACUGGGAGAAGGUUUUUCCUGAAGCAGGUACGACAACAGCUGGAAACAAAUUGGAGGACUACCUCGGCUUACCAUCAGAUGACUCUGAGGAUGAUGAUUAUGACCCUGAUAGGCUAGACUUAGAUGAGCAAAAAGACGAGGAAGGCUCAAGUUCUGAUGAAUCUGAUUGUUCUUCUGCAUCUGAUGACGCGGAGGAUUUACCCCAGAAAGAUCCAUACUUAGGGCUUCCCUCUGAUGAUUCGGAUGAUGAUGAUUAUAAUCCUGAUGCUAUGGAUGUUGAUGAACAAGUUAAUAAAGAUGAAAGUUCUUCCUCAGGUUUUUCGUCCGACUCUGGAGACUCUGCUCCAUUAAGUGAUGAUGGUAAAGGGUCUUUAGGCGGAGAUGAAGUUCGGACGCCCUCUUCAGUAGACGGUCCCAAUCCUCUCCAUGGCUCUGAUCACCAAGGUCCUAAAAAGACUAAAGGAAAGAAAGAGACAAUAAAUCCCGAGUUGAGAUCCAUACUUGAGCAAGGAGAUGCUUCUCCUAUAUCAGGAAAACGGACCCGCAAACAGUUUGACUAUAAAAAGUUGCACGAUGAGACCUAUGGAAAUGUUUCUUCUGAUUCAAGUGAUGAUGAAGACUGGGUGGAUGCAGAUGGAGUGGGUGAAGGAAAGAAUAGUGGUGGUGGAAAUGAAUCUGUUUUAUCUCCUAUAGAAAACUCGAGAACUACGAGAAGUGGGUCAAAUUCCAAGACCACAAAAAAUAGUUCAAAGAAGAAAGAAAAUGAACAGGAAAGAUCCCGGCAGAAACUGGAUUUUGAAAAUGCAAAGAAUAUAGUAUCUGUUUCACAAAAAGAGGGGAAGGAGCCUGAUCUUAGCAAGAAAAGAGCGUCAGCGUCUAACAGACGUGGAAAAGCUGUGGCUCAGGAGACCCAUGUAUCGUCUGAUUCACGUGAACAUGAAGACUUGGUGGAUGUAGAUGGGGUGGGGACUAAAAAGGAUGGCCAAGGAAAAGAAUCAGUCUUAUCUUCAAAUGAAAAUUAUAAAACUCCAGGAAGGGGAGAGAAUGCCAAAAACACAAGUACUUUAAAAAGAAAGUCAGAUAAUAAGGAGAAAAUAUCUGCAAAGAAGCUGAAAUUUGGAGGUGCAAAUAAUACAGCAUCUGGUUCAGGGAAUCAAGGUUUAGAACCUGAUAGUAUUGAGAAAAGGGCAUCAGCUGCUACGAAACUUGGAAAAGAUGUUGCUCAGAGGCUCUUUGAAGCAUUGAAGGAAAAUGAGUAUCCAACGCCGGAAACAAAGGAAAAAUUGGCAGAAGAAUUAGGACUCACUGUCCAACAGGUCAAUAAAUGGUUUAAUAACACUCGUUGGAGCCUGCGCCAUUCAAGUGGUAAAAAAAAUAAAGCUUCUCCAAGCAAAAUCAAGCACGUCCAAACAAAUGGAAAAAACUCCGACACUGAACAAAGCAGCCUUCCUAAUAGUGAUGCUAUUGUGAAUGUUAUGCCAGAACAAGAACCAGGUUCAGCAGUUGCGGAUAAGGCUGGUAAAAGAGAUAAAGCUUCCCCAAGCAAGAACGCGCUUGCCCAAACAAGUGGAAAAACUGGCAAGGCUAAACAAAAGAACGUUCUCGAUAGUAAAGCUGUGUCAAAUGUCAAGCAGGAAAGAGAACUGAGUUCUGCAGUUAAUGGCAAGGCUGCUAAAAGAGAUAAUAAAGCUUCUCCAAGCAAGAGCAAGCUUGCUCAAACAAAUGGAAAAGGAGCCAAGGCUAAAGAAAAGAAAACUCCUGGCAGAGUUGCUGUUUCGAAAGCUAAGCAGGAACAAAACCCAGGUUCCCCAAUUAAUAACAAGGCCGUUGCAGCUGAAAGCAGUCCACAGAAAUCACUCAGCUCAAACCUGAGAAACAAAAGAAGAAAAACUGACGUGGAAGAUAAAACAUCGACAGAGGUGCAAACAACAGUAAAAUCUAGUAAUCCUGCAGGUUCCAGCAAAUCACAAACACCUCCAAGAAGAAGUAGCCAAAGAAACACAAAGCAGGAGGCGACUCAGACGCAGGAGGUUCAAACACCAGUAAAACCUAGUAAUCCUGCAGGUUCCAGCACAUCAGAAACACCUCUAAGAAGAAGUAGCCAAAGAAACACAAAGCAGGAGGCGACUCAGAAGCAGGAGGUUCAAACACCAGUAAAACCUAGUAGACCAGAAGGUUCCAGCAAAUCACCAGCACCUCCAAGAAGAAGUAGCCAAAGAAACACAAAGCAGGAGGCGACUCAGACGCAGGAGGUUCAAACACCAGCAAAACCUAACAAGCCAACAGGUUUCAGUAAAUCACAAACACCUACGAGAAGAAGCAGUCGAAACACAAAGCAGGAGGUGACUCAAACGCAGGUUAGGACUAGAAGUAGAAGAUCAAUUGGGUGAAAUAGGUGUAGGAAAGAUAUCAAAUGUUGAAUUCCAUGUAAUUUUUGGUUGGCAGUUUUUGGCCUCUUGCACUGGUAGUUAUAGAGUAGAUUCAUCCAUUCCAUCUUAUUUCUCAUGGGAUCCUGCUAUUUGUUAGCAGCCUAGAAUUCCAUGGAGACAUUUUUACAGGUUUUGAAUGCGCACAAGUCAAUAUUGAUAUGCAUUUAAAAAUUUUAAUC